AAAAAGGAUAAACCUAGGAUUGCCACGUGGACAAAAUACUACCUCUGCUGACACUAUACUGAGGACACACUCUUUGAAAAAAAAAAAAACACUCUAAUUCAUUCAUGGCGUCUCUGCUUUCUCCUGCUACUGCAACAAUUUGUUUCUCACCACUGAAACCCAUUUCAAAAAGCUAUUAUUUUUGGUCAUGUACCAACCAUUGCAAAAGAAAUACUAAUACCAUUACUUGCAAUUCUUUUGUUAAUGACAUUUCUGAUAAUUUAAACCAUUCUUUAUCUCAAUUCCCAAUUUUCCAAUCUGGAUAUACCCAGUUUCAAAAAGUGACUGGCGAAUUACCCGAAGAGCAAAAGUUGGGGCUGUUAGUUUUUGCUGGACUUACUUGGAUUUAUUUAACUGCUAGACCAGGAGUUUUAAUUGGUGCAAUUGAUGCAUAUAUUUUAGCACCUAUUCAGGUUGGGUUGGAUAGUUUGAGUGGGAAAAGGAGUUUUAAAAUGAGUGAUUUUUUGGUUGGGGAAAGAUUGGGAGAGGGUUCAUUUGGGAUUGUUUAUUCUGGGGUUAUUGUUCCAAAGAAUGUAAAUUUAGAUGAAAUUGUUAGGAAAAGAGGAUCAUCAGUAAAAUCACUUAUUACUGACUCAAGGUUCAAGGAUAAGGUCAUUCUUAAACAGGUUAAGAUUGGUGUUCAAGGUGCUGCAGAAUGCGGUGAAUUUGAAGAGUGGUUCAAUUAUAGACUAUCAAGAGCAGCUCCUGAGACAUGUGCAGAGUUUCUUGGUAGCUUUGUCGCUGAAAAAACUAACUCACGAUAUACUAAGGGUGAGAAAUGGCUUGUCUGGAAAUUUGAGGGAAAUCGGGACCUAGCUGAUUACCUGAAGGACCGCGGCUUCCCCUUGAACAUGGAAUCUAUCAUGUUUGGUCGUGUCUUAGAAGGAUUGGAGUCGAUUCAACGGAAUGCACUAAUUAUCAAACAAAUCAUGCGUCAGAUUAUUACUUCCCUUAAGAAAAUCCAUGACACGGGUAUAGUCCAUAGAGAUGUAAAGCCAUCCAACUUAGUGGUCACGAAAAAGGGACAAAUCAAGCUGAUAGAUUUUGGGGCAGCAACUGAUCUUCGGAUUGGAAAAAAUUAUGUGCCUGACCGCGGGCUACUCGAUCCUGAUUAUUGUCCACCUGAACUCUAUGUAAUGCCAGAAGAAACUCCAAAACCACCACCAGAGCCCGUUGCUGCACUUCUCUCCCCAGUUUUAUGGCAGCUAAACAGUCCCGAUCUCUUUGACACGUAUUCUGCUGGAAUAGUGCUUCUGCAAAUGGCAGUACCGAACCUAAGGUCUACAGCAGGCUUAAAGAACUUCAAUAGAGAACUACAGGUCGUUGGAUAUGACUUGAAUAAAUGGAGAGAAAAGACUAGGACGAGGCCUGAUCUCAGUAUUCUUGAUCUUGACUCUGGUAGAGGGUGGGAUUUGGCUACAAAACUUAUUUCAGAGAGAGGUGGGCGUUUAUCUGCUGCUGCGGCUCUUAGACAUCCUUAUUUCCUUCUAGGUGGUGACCAAGCUGCUGCAGUUCUCUCCAAAUUAAGCUUCACAAAAUAGGAGCGCGACUUGGUGAUGCAAGUACGACAUGCUUUUUGUGAUCGAUACUCGUUUACCUCCUUGUUCUGCUAAUAUUUUUUUGUGUGAGACAUCUUCUCUCGUUAGUAUCUGGAGUCGUUGAUGCUGCAUUCGUACAGUUUGUUCAUCAAUCAAUGCUCUCAAUGGCUAUAGAAUAUAGAUUCAUGAAGUGGUUCCAGAGCCGAAAAUAAGGAGAAGAUGCUGAACAGGGAAAAAGGUAUAAGCAACUCGGUUUUGCAUAUAUUUAAAUGAUCAAGAAGGAAAUUUGUAGUUACACAUUUUGGUAAGGUAAAGAAAAUCAUAAUACAUUUAUUUUCUUCUUGUUUUAAAUAAUAGGAAAUAGCUUCUAACACUUUGUUUGAGGAGAAGAAGAAAUUUCACCUUGUAGCAAUCAAGUUCUUUUUCCUGCACGGCUAUAGGGAUUACUAAGAAAUUUAUGAGCUAGAACAGCUCCAAAGAUCACCAUUUUUGCAGAGCUGCUUACCUAUUAUACGUGUCUUUGGUUCAUUCUUUGUAAACGAAUAACGUGACCAGCAACUGUAUGGCAAAAUGUAUAUGAAUUUUUUUUU